AUGGCGAUUGCCCAGACACUUGCACCUCACCUUCCAGUCGCAGCGGCUCUUACGAGCUGCGAGGAGAAGUAUUUCGUCAGCACCAGCUGCCAUGAAGCUCCCGUCGUCGCGGUGGCGAGCAUGGUGCCCUGGAUCGAUGCCGAGGACCCCAUCAACGGCUCCUUCGUGGCCGUGUUUGCCGAGCCGGUUCUGAUCAACAAGAUGCGCCGAAAAACCUCAGAUCCUCUAAGGCUGUGCGCUGUCCAGAAUGGAAAUCCCACGUGCAUUUGCAAGCUAGUUGGCGAGAGUCCACUGGGUGUGCUGGAGCGCGCAGCAGCCCUGCUCCCGCACUCCAGCAAGUUGCAGGCUUUGCAGAUGGCCAUGGAGAGCUGCCCGGAAGGCGUGCCGGAUCUCUUGGCCGGAACCCUGCUGGUGAGCUGCUUGUUGGUCCUUGGGGUUGCGAUCUGGAUGCUGCAGGUGGCUUGGGCCAGCUCCCGGCUGAAGCCCCUGACAGCGAAGGCUCACUCGGAGGGCUUCAUGGAACUGAAGACGCCGAUGCAGAAUUUCCUGAGCGGCCUCUCUUGGGCCGCGGGCUUCAUGCUCUCCCUGGCGGCCAUGCAGACAGGGGCGCUUUCAGUGGUCCAGAAGUCCUGUGACUACGAG